CCUCAGCCUCAUCGGCAAGUCCUCACACCGCUUUGUGUUGUUGUUUGUUUGUCUGGCUGGCGUUGCUUGCUUGUGCUGUCAGCCUUGCUUGCUUGCUUGUUUCGUGCCUUCGCUGCUGCCUUCAUUGUGCGUUCGCUCACCCCCGCCUCCCUUGUCCUCCCCUCGCCCCCCAAACACCCACCCACAACGGUUAGAAGAAGAAGAAGAAGUGCGUGUGUGGUGUUUGCCGACGAGCAGCUGUGCGUGCCCGUGUGUUGUUUGUUGGGUUGCGUCUUGAUACAGACUGCCUUGCGUUGGGGCUUCCUCCGCUCGAGCGUUUUGCGCCUCUUGCUUUAUUUGGGUUUAGCCCUGGCCAUCACCCUCGUCAUCGUCGUGGUCAGCAACAGCAACAGCAACAGCGGCAGCCGAAACGGGCGGUUGUGAGAAGCAGGUGUCGUCGUCAUCCUCAUCCCCAUCAGGGAGCUGUGGAUCAAACCAAAACACGCGCACGAACACACCAAAACCUUGCUGUCAUCAUUGCCAUCAAUCAAUCUUCCAUCCAACCCUUCCAAGCCCACACAUCCCUCGUCAUUUCCCUGACCGGGAGGUUCGUGCCACCACCUCCACCACCACCCACUACUACCACCGGCAUUAUUGACGUGCUGACAUUCAACCACCAGCACCACCAGCACCAGCGACAACACCGACUUCAUUAUUGGUUUGCCGUCCUUCUCGAGUGAAGCAACCCCGAGGUCGUGCCGGAAGCCUGCCCGUUGAUCCUCCCCCCCCCCCAAACCAGCUCCAAGCAAAUACACCACCGUCUCCCCAUCUUCACCUGAUCGUCUGAUCGCCCGCUCCCCCAAUACCAGCCCACGUCCACCCCACGCACAGAGCACGCAAGACAGCAAGCCAGCAAACCAAGCAAGACCACAGGCAAGCGCACGCCGUUUUGGCCGCUGUAGUGUGCUUGCACGCAUCGCAUCGCAUCGCAUUGUAUCGCCACCGCCGUCGCCAUGGAUGUGAAAAACUUCCUCCGGCACCAGCUGGACAGCUCUAGUCUGCCGCCAUCACCGCACGAGCUCACCCCAGUUACGCCUCGCUCCCCGACCGCGGGCACGCCCUCCCGUAAGCGCGAUGCCGCCGAGUCGAGGGCUGGUGGCAACGCGGCUGCAACCAGCCCGGCCGAUAUCAGCCACCAUCAUCACCAGCACCAUCACCCACAGCAGCAGCAACAGCAGCAGCAGCACCAGCAGACGUCACCAUUCUUGCCUGGCCAGACGCACAGUCCAACCACACACGCGCGCGUGCUGCCGUCUUCAGCCGUGAAAGCUGCUAAGACACAAGACCCGCGCAUGAAGAAAGGCAAACGCAUUGACGGCCGCUCGCGAUCACAGCACCGCUCGGACCCUUUUGCCCAUCUCAAGACGCACCACACUUCGCACUCUGCGUUCCAUCAGCGGCAGCGCUCAUACGACCUCGCCCACGGCAAAUCACACAGCAGCAGCAGCUGGUCGCUGAGCUCGUGGGACGGCCCCAUCACGCGUCACGACAGCACGGGCGACCUGUAUGCGGAGUUUUCUGAUCUCCCGCCCGGGUGGUCCGUCGGCAAGACCCCUGUUGGCGCAAUCUACUUUAUCGACGAGCGCCGCAAGACAACGACGUGGCUCGACCCGCGCACCCACCGCCCGUACCCUGGCCGCCCAACGCAGCCCGGGCAGAGCAACGCGUCGCCGGCACAGGCAGAUGGGCUGCCGGCUGGCUGGGAGAUGGUGCUCACCCCUAGCGGCAAGCCGUACUUUGUCGACCACGUCAACAAGGCCACCACCUGGGAAGAUCCGCGCUCCCACCACCGCCCGUCGUCGCCCUCGCCUCCCGGUGGCGCCGGCAGCAGCGAUGUGCACUCGCGCAUUGAGCAGCUGCGGCUGGAGCGACAGCGGCUGACGGACCAGGCGCGCAUGAUUGAUGAGGCCUUGCAUCGCGAGAUGCAUGGCGCAUCUUCGUCAUCACCGCCGCCGACAGCAACAGCACCAGCGCUCGCACCCGACCACCACCAGCACCAGCACCUUCAUCAUCAUCGUCAUCAUCACCAGCAGCACCAGCACCAUCAGCAUCAUCAACACUUGUCGUCGUCCAGCAUGGAUAUUGAUGAUGAGGCGAAGACUCACGCCGGCGCGGCACACCAGCGCCACUCCUCGUCCUCGUCGUCCGUGCUUCACGCUGGCCCGACACCCUCGUUCAUCGGGCCGCCACACUGCCCCUCCAGCCACCACCGCCGCCACAGCCAUGUCUUCUGCGAGGCAUCCACCCCAACAGACGCCAGCGCACACCGCGCGCCGUCCUACUCGUGGUCUGCAAUGCCCUCCACACAGGUGCCGACACGCAGUGCGUUUCCGUUCAACAACGACCGGUUCCACCAUGUGAGUGAUGACAACCCGUAUGUGCGGGCGAGCAAGUCCACCAAGACAACGCCGCCGGCGUCCGUGUCUGCGUUUGCGUCGUCCUCCCCGUCGUUCAACGUCAUGCACCAGCGCAUUGACGAGACGUGUGGCGGCAAUGGCGGCGGUGAUGAUGACGACAGCCACGCGCACGUGUCCCCGCACGCGGACCCAAACACGACCCCGUCACCGGUCAACACGCUGCGUGGCAACCCCCGCAUCAUCGACGUGGGUGCAGACGCGAACGAUGUGCUGGGCGACCUCGAUCUCCUGUCACCGCACCAUCCCGACACCGCCAACCCGGCGCCAGCCGCAAACACCAACGCUACCGCGGGCAACAGCAACAGCAGCAGCAACAGCAGCCGCGGCGGCGGCAACAACAACAGCAGCAGCCAUGCCAGCGCCAACAGCAGCAGCAACAGCAUCGACAAUGGCAACGGCAACGGCGGCAAUAGCAGCAGCAAUCACGGCAGCCGCCACCACGACCAUCACCACGAGCACGAGCACGGGGGCGAUGCGGCCGCGCAAAGCAAGUUUGACAUGUUGUUUGGCGCGGGCCCUGACGGCGACGGCGACGACAUUGACAUGAGCAUCCUUGACGAGCUUGACCGGCGUGACGAGCUGCUCAUGUCCUCGGACGCGCUGCCGGAUCUCGGCGCCAGCACGUCGCUUGACGCGUUCUUCGCGCCGUCCCCCGACCACGCCCUCAGCAUGCUCCACUGAGACCACAGCCCAAGGUGCAAUUGUGCUUCGUGGGUGCUUCGUGGGUGCUUCAUGGGUGUUGUGUCGCUGCGGCUGCGCCUGCGGCUGUUCUAUGCUAUUGUACCGCCACCUCUCCUUGUGCACCCGUCGGGUCACGUGCAAGUGGCCAUGAUCAUCAACCUGAAACGAUGUAACUGAUCCCUUCUUUCGUCCUUUGCCGCUUUCAUCACGUCUGUGCUUUUGCUUCUACCAUUGUGUGUGCGUGUGUCUUUUGUGUUGUCGUUCCUCUAGACCACCUUGCUUGCUUGCUUGCUUGCUUGCUUGCUUGCUUGCUUGCUUGCUUGCUUGCUUGCUUGCUUGCUUGCUUGCUUGCGCGUUUCCUGCUCGUUGGGGAUAGGCUUGCCGUGCCCAUGUUUGAUGUGUUGUGUUGAGCUGGCGCUGCCAUAGUUGCGCUUUGUGUUGCGUUACAUCACGACACUGAACCUUGUUUGGUUGCGUGUGUUUCAUUGGUGUUGCCGAGGUGGUAGCGGCUGCUGUUGGCGCUGGUUUCUUCUUCUAACUCUUUUUUUUUCGUACCGCUGCGUGUGAAUGUUCCUAACAGAGAGUCGUUUGUGGUGCGUAGUCAUGUCACCAUCACAUGAAAACAAUGGAUGAUUGCC